AUGAGUGAAACUACGGUUGUCACUUUUAUUUCGACUUUGUCGGGAAUUAUUGUGAUUGGAUGUUUGGUGACUGUUGGUAUGAUGGUUAAUGAUAUCAACAAAUUCUAUGAUGAAAAAAUCGAGGAAUUGAAUGAUUUCAAGGGAUUGGAACAACAUGCUUGGAAUUCAAUGAUUCCAACAACUCGUCCAGCAACUUCAUUUAUGUUUGAAGGAAGAGCCAAACGUCAGGCACCACAAUGUAACUGCGGAGCCCAAUCGAGAGGAUGCCCAGCUGGACCUCCAGGACCACCAGGUCCACCGGGACAACGAGGAGAUAACGGAUUGCCAGGAACUCCAGGACAACCAGGAUCAGGUUUCCGUCCAAAUCCAGUCACCGGCCGACCAGCUUAUUGCCAAACUUGUCCAGCCGGAAGACCGGGAAAUCCAGGACCACCAGGUCCACCAGGAGGUUCGGGACCAAACGGACAACCAGGAUCACCAGCUUAUGGAGGAGGUCAAGGACCACCAGGAGCUCCAGGAGCACCAGGAGAUGCUGGACAACCAGGAAGCCCAGGACAACCAGGAGGCCCGGGACAAGCUGGAAAAUCCGGACAAAGAUCGCGAGGAUUGCCAGGGCCAGCUGGAAGACCAGGACCACCAGGCCCAUCUGGGCCACCAGGACAACCAGGAAAUGGAGGAGGCAGAGGACAACCAGGAAGUCAAGGCCCACCGGGAGCAUCUGGAAGACCAGGAGGACCAGGACAACCAGGAACACCUGGACAACCCGGAAAUCCAGGAUCACCAGGAAGCGAUUCGGGAUAUUGUCCAUGUCCAGCUCGUUCAAACGCUAUGCGUGUUGUUCAACGCAGUCGUGCAGUUGCUCGCAAUCGUGCCGUUUACCGUCGUCGUGUCCAAAAAAUUGUCGCCGCAUAA